CCGAUACGCCACUAAUUGAUUACCUUCUAUCUUGUCAGCGGUCAGAAAUCGGAAGAAAUUAUCGAUGAUCUCAGGAUUUGCGAGAAGGGGAAUGAGUAAUUUUGUUGGAGGAAGUAUUACUGUUCUUUCGUGAUUGCUCGAGUUAUUGUAGUUGAAGACCGACCAACAUUAAAGAAAAGAAUUGGCGCUUUGUUUUUAGCUUUCAUGGGAGAUUAAUUGGGCUUUCCCAGAAAUUUUCGUAUUCGAUUCGUUUUCUCUUUCGAUCGAGGCUCUGGGAGGAGACAAAGAUCGCUGAAAAUUUCAAUUUAGUUGGAGGUGAAGAUGGCAUCAGCAGGAUUUGCCCGUCAGACAAGUUGGUUUAGCCGGAAGAUCGUCGAUCCUCUCCUCAAAAUCCUCCAGAGGGGUGCAGAGCCAAAACAAUUGGCAUUCUCGGCAGCUCUCGGCCUAACCCUGGGAUUGUUUCCUAUAUGCGGGGUCACUGUCUUCCUAUGUGGGUUUGCAAUUGCAUUGCUUGGAUCUCUUUGUCAUGCUCCAACAGUGAUGCUUGCUAACUUUAUUGCUACUCCCAUAGAAUUGAGUUUGGUGGUGCCUUUCUUGCGCUUUGGUGAAGCCAUUUCUGGGGGACCUCGUUUCCCAUUUACACCUGAUGCUUUGAAGAAAAUUUUUACUGGCCAAGCUUCGUAUGAAGUGCUAUUGAGUAUUGCUCAUUUGUUGUUGGGAUGGCUUGUCGCUGCACCCUUCAUUUUGUGCACUGGAUAUCUACUGUUUUUACCAUGUUUCAAGAUUUUGGUCAGUAAGUUCAGCACUGUUUCUUCAAGCCCAAGGAAGCCAACUAAUUCACACUCUGAUGCUAAACUGAAGGCGAGGGAUAUCUAAUUUAAGCAUCAUAGAAUUGGUGUUUUCCUGGCUACUCUCUUUAACGUGGGGGCCUUCUUUGUGUGUAUUACUGUGGCGUUACUUGCUCGGUCGAAUUCCCAGUCUCUGCUUUCAGUUUCUUUGCUUUGCAAUGGUAUGACUGCAAUUUUCUCGGUGAAAUUUUGAUCAAGAUAUCAUAAUAGCUGGGCUGGCUACUACUUAUUUCACCGCAUUAUUGUAUCGAAUGCAGCCUACCUUCCUUCACCAAUCAAACUUUAGGGAUAGAAAAAUGUCAACUUCGUGAAAUUAAGGACGAAAAUGAGAUUUAAUCCAAGCGCUUAUGGACCACAGAGGUAAUGUAUCAUUUUCAACAUCUUAAUGGUGUUUGGUGGCAUAUUAAAUAAAGUGAAUUUGAAAUUUUUUUA